UAAUUCAUACCGCCACUAUUCAAGAAAAAAAAAGAGAGAGAAUCCUGAAUCCUUCUCUCUCUUCAUAUUUCCUCCAUUAAUGGCCGUCUCUGUUCCCAUUACAGCCACCAUUCUCUUCCUCUCUAUAUAAACAAACCCCAAUAAUUUUCUUUUUAAUUUACUAAUCCAUCUCAUUAAUAUUCUAAUCUUCUUCUUUAGUAUAUAACCAACCCAUAAUGCACCCACAUUUUCCCUAAAUUUCAAGUUUUUUCUUGUUCAUUCAAGAACAAGAAACAUUCUCUUAGUAGUUACAGAAAAAAGAGUAUUAGUAUAUUACUUUUACAUGGUGAAGCCAAGUAAAGGAUAAUAACCAACAACAAACUAUAUCCAAAUUUAAUUAAACUUCCCAACUAACCUAACCCCAUUACAAUUAUUAUUUUUGCUUGCUCUAAGAUGAGGAGUUCUCUUAAGUUGUGUGGCAUUUUUUUAGUUUGCUUUUUGUGUCUAUUGGUUACAACAUUGGCUGGUUUUUCAUCCUUCAAUGUUUCUCUUCCUCACCAGCAUCAUGACCCUGAAUCUGUUGCUUUAGAUGUUCAAAGGAGUAUCAAUGAAUCCAUUACAAGAAGGCAACUUUUAUCAGCAGAACAAAAGGAAGAAUGCAAGACCGGAAACCCAAUCGACGACUGCUGGCAUUGCGACCCGAAUUGGGCGAACAACCGGCAAAGGUUAGCCGACUGCGGAAUCGGAUUCGGCCAAGGUUCAUUAGGCGGAAGAGGCGGUCAGAUCUACGUCGUAACAGAUUCAUCCGAUCAUGACCCGUCAAACCCUACUCCCGGCACGCUCCGUUAUGGCGUAAUCCAAAAUGAACCGCUCUGGAUUAUAUUCUCAUCGAGCAUGACAAUCAAGCUCAAACACGAACUCAUCUUCAACAGUUACAAAACCGUCGACGGUCGUGGCGCCAACGUGCACAUUAUGGGAAACGGGUGUCUCACAUUGCAGUAUGUCUCCCAUAUAAUCAUCCACAACAUUCAUAUCCACCAUUGUAAACCAUCGGGUAACACGAAUAUAGCCUCAUCGCCUACGCACGUCGGGCGCAGAGGAAGAUCAGACGGGGAUGGUAUCUCAAUCUUCGGAUCGCAGAAAAUAUGGAUCGAUCAUUGCUCAUUGUCGUAUUGUACCGACGGGUUGAUCGAUGCGAUAAUGGGAUCAACCGGCAUUACGAUAUCAAACAACUAUUUUUCACACCAUGACGAGGUUAUGCUAUUAGGGCACGACGAUAAGUAUGUGUUGGAUACGGGAAUGCAGGUUACGAUAGCGUUUAAUCGGUUCGGGGAGGCGCUUGUUCAACGAAUGCCGCGGUGUAGAAGAGGUUAUAUUCAUGUGGUGAACAAUGAUUUUUUGUACUGGGAGAUGUAUGCAAUUGGUGGCAGUGCUAAUCCUACUAUUAAUAGUCAGGGGAAUCGGUAUGUUGCUCCGACGGAUCCUAAUGCUAAAGAGGUGACAAAGCGCGUGGAAACAGACGAGAAGGAUUGGACAGGGUGGAAUUGGAGAACAGACGGGGAUAUUUUGGUAAAUGGAGCAUUCUUUGUGCCAUCAGGAGCUGGGGCAAGUGGUCAGUAUGCUAAAGCUUCGAGUGUGGAGCCCAAAUCUGCUGCUUUAAUCACACAACUCACUCUCAAUGCUGGUGUUUUUGGCGAAGCCAGGAACGUUGAUGAGGGAAUAAAUAAUCCGGGAUUUAUUGGCAGUGGGACCAGCUCAGGCACCACCAACACGGGGUCCAGCGGCGGUGGCCGUGACAGCGACUACUUCGGAAUGAUAUUCGGCGGCGCCGCUCCACCGCCCACCGCAUCCACUUGCUCUAUCUUUUUGUCUCUUUUUAUCAUUUUAUUUUUGUAUACAAUUGUCACCAGCAAUGGUGCUUUGUUAUCUUCUCCCCUUCUAUUAUUAUUGUUUUCAUUAUAGUACUUGGAUAUUAUAUAUAUAAAGGAGGAAUUAUUCAUCAA